GUGAGCAAGUGUGUGUGUGAGUGAGAGUGAGGGUGAGUGUGAGUGUGUGUGAGUGAGUGUGUGUGUGUGUGUGUGAGUGAGUGUGUGUGAGUGAGUGUGAGUGAGUGUGAGUGCGUGUGUGAGCAAGUGAGUGUGAGUGAGUGUGUGUUGGGGACAGUGCUGGAUGAUGCCUGGGAAGGUGAUGUCAUUGCCUCUGGUCCUGAUGGUGCUGUGAGCUGCGGUGAGCUCCAGCGGCUGCUCGUGUUCCCGCGGCCGGGAUGGAUGGAGAUGGAGACGGACAGUGCGAGCAGGAAUCGCUCGCUCAGGCCGUGCACAAACUGCGGGAGGUUUUUGAUGCAGUGGCGGCGGACAGCCCGGGGUUUAUCCGGGUGGAGGAUUUCAUCCACGUCGGGCUCCAAUUCAUGGACGGGGAGGAGCUGCAGAAAGUUGCCAAAUGCCUGGACCCACAGAACCUGGGGAGGAUCAGCUUCCAGGAAUUCUGUCAGGGAAUCUUCGCCAUCAAAGGUUGUGAUGAUCAAUUUGGAAGUAUCGUGUGUCUGGAGAAUCCUCACUAUGAAGCAGUAUAUGAAGAUUAUUACUGUCGCCAGGGCGUUCCUGGUACAGACAGUGGAUUUCUCGAUUGUGAAUCAGCCGAAAGUGAGGGAGAACUUUACCCUGACGAUGAUACCAUGACGCUGGCCCAGCAGAACAUUGACCAUGAAUCGGACAUGGACAGGGCCAUUGAGAGUACCCAGAACCCACAUGCACCAGGCAUGACCAAUCAACAGGAGAAGAACAAUCACAUGGUGGGUUUGUUCCUACCUGGCACCAAACAAGACAAUGCUCACUCACUGUUAGCUUUGUCCGAGCCUUCCCCCGGCUCACUCCUCAGUAAUGAGGAGCAGUACGAAGAUUAUGGAGAAGCUGAUGAUACUGACUUCAUUCCCCGGAGCCCGUGCCUGGAUGAUGAGGGCACAGCCAAUGCUUUCUCUGACUUGGGUUCCUCGGUUUCCUCCAGUGCCGGCCAAACCCCACGGAAGAUGAGAAAUGUGUUUGGCAGCGAGCUCCUCGAUGUCUAUUGUUCCCAGUGCUCAAAGAAGAUUAAUUUACUCAAUGACCUUGAGGCGCGCCUCAAAAGGCUCAAAGCAAACAGCCCGAACAGAAAGAUCUCAUCUACAGCCUUUGGAAGGCAGUUGUUGUACAGCAGUGACCAUAGCAGUGUCAACGGCAGCACUGAGGAUCUGUUCUGGGACAGCAUUGACUCCUGUGACAACAACAUCACGGAGAAGGUGAAUUAUUUGGAGAAGAAGGUCUCAGAGCUGGAGAAUGACUGCCUGGUGAGCGGUGACCAGAAGAGCAAACUCAAACAGGAAAACACUCAACUUGUGCACAGAGUCCAUGCAAUGGAGGAGCAGCUGAGAGACCAGGAGAGCCGGGCAGAGCAACUGUUCCAGGAGGAGCUGAGGAAACACCAGGAGCUGCUCAGUAAACUGGAAAGAGAGAAGAAUGCAGAGAUUGAGAUGCUGGCAAACAGGGCUCAGCAGCUGGAGGAGGAAUCCAAACAGCUUAAAACCACAGCCACUCGCUUAAAGAGUCAGACAGAGAAACUGGAUGAGGAACAUCAGCGAAUCACAUACAAACUGGAGGACACCAGCCUGCGGCUGAAGGAUGAGAUGGACCUUUACAAAAAGCUGGUGGAGAAGAUGAGGAGGAACCGGCAGGAGUUUCAGAAAGAGCGGGAGGUGAUGCAGGAGCUGAUUGAGGAUUUGCGGAAGGAGCUGGAAUACCUGCAGUUGUAUAAGUUGGAGGUGGAGAAGCCAGGAUGGAGCCGGGGCCCAGCCUGCACCGCGUUUGAGCUGACCUUCCGUAAUAAGGAGCUGGAGCUUGAGUAUGAGGCCAAACACCUGAAACAGGAGAACCUGCGCUUACGAGAGCAGAACGAGGAUUUAAACGGACAGAUCCUCAGCCUGAGUCUGUACGAAGCGAAGAAUCUGUUUGCAGCUCAGACCAAGGCUCAGUCAUUGGCAGCAGAAAUCGACACUGCCACCCGAGAUCAGCUAAUGGAGGCUGUUCAGGAGCAGGAGGAGAUUAAUUUGCGAUUGAGGCAGUACAUGGAUAAAAUAAUUCUGGCGAUUCUGGAUCACAAUCCCUCCAUCCUGGAGAUUAAGAAGUAGAGGCCGCGGGACACACUGCCGGGAACGUGGGCCCGUCGCUGAGUGAUGGUGGACUGAUAUCUUGACAUUAAUAUUCAUUUCCUGGCUACAUGUGAAUUUAAACUGAUAUCUGCUGUGCUGGAGGUUUAUUUCUGCACUUUUCAAUCCUGUGAAAAUAAUGAGUUUGAUCGGGAAGAUGUUGACAGUUUUGAUGCGUGACCAUCUCCACGAGAGUGACUGAUUUGAGUGGCAGUGUGUAAGCAGGAGGAAAGCCCUAGUGCCUGGUGAACAGGGCGGUUUCUGACUGACUGGAAGCACCUUUCUCUGCAGUGGGAUUGUUAAAGCAGUC